CCCUCGUGCUGUCUAUGUGGGGGGGAUUAGGUUUAUGGUCAGAUUUGCGCAACAGCCCUUGAGCGCGCCUCCCGCAGCGGAACAGGUCUGAGGACCUGCAGGAACCCGGCAGCUUGAUGAUUUGAACUCGCUGAAAAAAAAAAAGGCGUCGAGGGAAAGUCUGACUUUUACUCCGCCCGAAAUGAUGGUGGGAGGGAGCUGAGGUGAAAUGUUAGGAGACCAGAGUUYGGACGCGUCUUUGUCAAGAGAGGGAAGGUUGGAGGAGGGGACUCAUCGUGACUGUUUUUUUGUUCCCUCAGGUAAAAAAAGAGGGGUCCUGAGAAUCACUCAGUCGGAGGGGACUUCUAUCUCUGAGUCAGUUUUGCCGACGAGUCUGAGAGUUGUUUGUUUUUUAACCCCUGCACAGCUGACCGGCCGUCCGAUGUGCGUAAAAGGACUCUGGCUCGUCCUGUUUGGACUCGCAGCUUCAGGUGUGCUGCAGGUCAGCGGGAUGCGUGUUUACACAUCUGGGAACAUCGAGGCGGUCAACGGAACCGAUGUCCGCCUGAAGUGCACAUUUCAGAGCUCGGCAACGAUCAACCCCAACGUCGUCAUCAUCUCCUGGACCUUCAGACCUCUUAAAGGAGACAGAGAGGACUCACUGUUCCACUACCAGCAGAAACCAUAUCCACCCACGGAGGGCAUUUUUAGGAAGAGAGUCCAUUGGGCCGGGGAUGUCAUGGGUGGUGAUGCCUCCAUUAUAAUUCAAGAGGUCAAGUUCGCCUACAACGGCACCUACAUCUGUCAAGUGAAGAACCCCCCAGACGUCCAUGGCCAAGUUGGAAGGAUUGAACUCCGCGUUGUUCUAUCAGCUUCUUUCUCCGAACUCCUGGUACUGGUCUUGGCCAUUGGAGGUGCUAUCGCUGCUGUGGUCCUCGUCCUCAUCAUCGUUGCAUCCUGCAGGAGGUACAAGAGGAAACAGAGACAGAGGCAGRUGGAGGACAAUGAAGAGGCCCCCCGUAAAGAGAGAAAAGACCCCACAGUGUGGUAAGACCAAGUGAAAGGCACGAUGCAGAAGAGGAGGAAGAAUCAGACUCUUUGUCUUGUGUUCGCUGACGGACUCUGGGGAUCAGGGCUGGUGGUGCUCCCUCUUGGGGCCUGGGGCUCUUUUCCUGUUGGACAUGUCACUCUCUUUCCAUUGACAACCGUUGGAUUGCAGAUCUGGACCAGCAACAGGCAGCUCUUAUUAAUCAGAAACAAAUUAAAAAUGCACCUUUGUGUAAAAAGCCUUAGAUACUGAACUGUAAUCAGACUGCCGUCUAGCCUCUGUAAUAUUACUGUCCGCUUUUCAUUUCUGGAAAAAGGAGUGUUUUAUCAGUCCAUCUUUUCCUGUUCAGCUAAAUGGCAUACCAGACACAUUUCCUGUUUAGAGUAAAUGUUAUGAAGAAGUAGAACAAUGGUGGAUUCCUGCUGUUUAUCUUCCUGCUAAUACAUUUUACUGCAGCGCUGUUUGACAUGGUAUUUAAAAAAAAAACAAUAGAAACAGUGGAACAAUGACUGAACACUUUAUUGAAGCUUUUAUUGAACAUUUAUGUAACUAUUUCAUGAAGGAGAACAUUAUAAAACCAUCAGAGGUCAUUUCAGUGGUCMUUUGAACCGGCUGUCUGAUAUACAGUAGUUUGGUGAGGUUUAUGUUGGUUUCAUUUUCAUUUCAAGRCACUACUGAAGUUGUGUCACUGUACUUUUUCUGUGUGUUUCUGUUGGUGUACAACUUAUUUUAUUGUUUCUGUAAUACUGAGUGUGUUAUCAGAUAAUCAUCCCUGAUGAUAAGCACGUGUUUGAAACAGACUGAUUUUCACAUUCACGCUCAGAUUCAUGUUAAGACCACUUUUUUUUCCUAUCUCCAAAGUGCAAUUCAUCUUGACAGUUUCUAGAUUUARACACACARGC